AGCGAGACACAGCUGCCGUUCAUACUCAAGAGAAGACAGUUUCCGGUUCUUCUUUCGUUUGCGAUGACAAUCCAUAAGUCACAGGGUCAGUCAUUUGACAAGGUAGGUGUUUAUCUGCACAGCCCAGUCUUUGUGCAUAGUCAGUUGUACGUAUUGUCGAGAGUGUGCUAUGCAAACGGUCUAAGGGUGUAUGUUGCUGACAAUGGAGACCAAGGAAAGCAUGAGAAUGGUAAAGUAUACACAACAAAUGUUGUGUAUAAUGAGCUACUGGAAUGA